GCAGGUGCUAUAUAUUUCCAGAUGCAUCUCGCUCAGCUAUUGGUUGCAAUUAUCAAUAUAACUGUUGAAAUAGCAAUUUUCCAAAUUCGUAAUUUCAAUUUGUUUCGUUACCGUUCGCCAUACGAAAUCCAUGUUGAACUUCUAAUAAGUUCUAAACUCAGAAAACACGUUUAGACUUCGUUGAGAGUAGAAAUACCAGUAUAUCCGGCUUUAUUCAGUCGACAAUGGAGUCGAAACGUUAUCAGACGCUCUGAAACGUGAUGUAACGUUAUGUGUAUAACAUCGGAGCUUAUUGACACCGGCAUUGGAACACUGCUAGUGUCUGUGUCUGAUCGUCAUGAACGUUGUUUAUAUCUGAUCGCUUGACAGCUGUUUAAUGUUCAGCGUGGUGUGCAAAAUGGAUUAUUUUUUAUGAGUGCGAGAAAUGCAAUUUUCGCUGAUCGCAUAGGGUUUCUGAGGAUGAAAUUGCAUCGUGGUUCCGAUGCGUUGCAACGUGGAAGUGCUCUAGCUUAAUUAUUGUACAUCUCGAAUGUUUUCCUCUAUUAUUUUUAAGUGCGAAACUACGGGACACUUCGCGAUAUAAUGGCAGCUCAUAAGACAGGCGGGCAAAGUGCCCGAAAGAAAGUGCAGGUGUCUAUGGUUAUAAGAGACGAAGUGGAGAAAAGACAUAGAGCUGGAGUUAAUUCUUUACAAUAUGACCCAGCUUUGCAUAGGCUUUAUUCGGCAGGUAGAGAUAGCAUUAUAAGGAUAUGGAAUUGUAAAAAUAUGAAGGAUCCAUACAUUCAGUCGAUGGAACAUCAUACAGAUUGGGUCAACGAUAUAGUAUUAUGUUGUGGUGGUAAAAAUUUGAUAUCAGCUAGUUCUGACACAACAGUAAAAGUAUGGAAUGCGCAUAAAGGUUUCUGUAUGUCCACGUUAAGGACACAUAAAGACUAUGUAAAAGUUCUAGCAUAUGCUAAAGAUAGGGAGCAAGUUGCUAGUGCUGGGUUAGAUAAAUCAAUCUUUUUAUGGGAUGUCAAUACAUUAACUGCUCUUACUGCAAGCAACAAUACAGUAACAACAUCGUCUCUUAGUGGAAAUAAAGACUCCAUAUAUAGCCUUGCCAUGAAUCAGACUGGGACAAUUAUAGUUAGUGGUAGUACAGAAAAAGUUUUAAGAGUAUGGGAUCCACGAUAUUGUACUAAAUUAAUGAAACUUCGUGGUCAUAUGGAUAAUAUUAAAGCAUUAGUAUUAAAUAGAGAUGGUACUCAGUGUUUGUCUGCUAGUUCAGAUGGAACAAUUAAGCUUUGGUCAUUGGGACAACAAAGAUGUAUUCAAACUUUCAGAGUACAUAAAGAAGGUGUUUGGGCUUUACUGGCAACAGAAACCUUCAGUCACGUGAUAUCAGGAGGUAGGGACAAACGAGUUGUAAUGACUGAGUUGUCUUGUUACCCUGAAAGGUAUACUGUCAUAUGUGAAGAAAAAGCACCUGUGUUAAAAAUGGUUAUGACACCAGAUCAGUCCAGUAUUUGGGUGGCUACUAGUGAAUCUACUAUAAAUAAUUGGUCUAUAAGUCAAAAAGAUUGGCAAGAAUUAGGAAUUGAAGAUUACUGUGACUCUGCCAGUGGAGUAACUUCAAACGUUGUACGAAACACGGAACCUGCGCAAAAAAUAUUAGGAGGUCCUGCAAUUCGGCAUUGUCAUGUUUUAAAUGAUCGUAGGCAUGUUUUAACAAAAGAUACAGAAGAAAAUGUAGCUUUGUAUGAUGUAUUAAAAGCACGUAAAGUUGAAGAUCUUGGAAAAGUAGAUUUUGAACAAGAAAUAAAGAAAAGAAACAAAAUGGUAUAUGUUCCAAACUGGUUUAGUGUAGAUCUUAAAACUGGGAUGUUGACCAUUCAUUUAGGACAAGAUGAAAAUGAUUGUUUUUCUGCAUGGGUCUCUGCAAAAGAAACUGGUCUCGCGGAAAAUGAUGCGGUUGAUCAAAAAGUGAAUUACGGAAAUCUUUUAUUACAAGCGUUACUUGAACAUUGGUGGAGACCACUGCAUGCUGAUGAUGAAAACGAAGGUAAUAGUAACGAUGGUAAUGGUUCAAUACACACGAGAGGAGGAAAUCCAUAUUUUUCAGUACCUACUCAUACACCUGUUAUAUUUAGCGAAGUGGGAGGAAGACCUUUAUAUAGAUUGUUAGUUAGAGAUGCUGCAGGAGAAAUGGAGGGCGUUUUAUUGAAUGAAACAGUACCGGCUUGGGUAGUUAAUAUUGUUGUGGACAAAAAUCUUCCACAAUUUACUAAAAUAUCUUUCUAUCUUCUUCCACAUGCCACGUCUGGUGUGAAAAGUCUCAAAAAGGAUCGCUUAAUUGCAAACGAUUUUAUACAAAUUCGUAAAGUAGCCGAACACGUUUGCGAUAAAGUGCUUGGCGCAGGAAGUGAUUCAGGAUCAGUAGCUGGUGCUGGAAAUACGGUUUCCGGUGGUUCUCCGGCAGGGGAUAGAACGAAUACUGAUUCGAACGCUGAUAAUUCUUCGCUGGCCGAAGAAAAAGUAGAACUAUUAUGUAACGAUCAAGUUCUAGAUCCUUCCAUGGAUUUAAGAACGGUCAGACAUUUCAUCUGGAAAAGUUCGGCGGAUUUAACACUUCAUUAUCGGCCAGUAAAAUAGUUAGGGCUUAGUACGUCGGAACAGGGAUCUCUAAAAUGUGCCUGGUUUUUUACUAUCGUAAAAAUAACGGAAGAUAUGUGGACUAAUUGCAGAGUGUGGCACCUCACGCUAUCUCCUUUUCAUGAAAUGUUCAAUCGAUUUUCGAUGGAUAUUUCAUUAGAAGCUGUAACUGAGGAUGAAUAAAAACCAGGUCACAUAAAAAGUAUUUAAAAAAAAACUGAAUGUGUUUGAAGGCAAUAAUGUGUGGAAGUAUUAGCGUAAAUUGCUCAUGUUUGUAUAUAUCCUGAGGCCAAACUUGACCUUACGACAUAAAAUUAGUAAUUUCAUUUAGUCUGCUUUUAGAGACAUGUGUUUUUUGUAUUUAGGUAUAGAAUACUGAAUGCUUACCGUCAGCCAUUUAUAGUCUUCCCACUUCAAAAGUACCAACGAGAAAAGUUAAGUACAAAAUAUUGUAUGGCCCAGGAAAUUACUAAGUAUCAUCUUUAAAUGCCAUGUUCACGUUAUGCUUCUCAAAGCUUCUGUGUUAAUUCUACUAAUUAUUAGUUGUAUUCUAUAUAAUUUAUAAGUAGUACCAUUUCAUUGGUUAUGCAUUCAUUGAACAAAAUGAAAUCUAAUAUGUACCAACAGUAUUCCACACAUCUGCCUUGUUGUCUCGAAGAAAGCAAACUAUUAAAGAGAAGAGAGAGAAAUGUCAAUUUAAUAUUAAUCAAAUAACGAUUGAGCAGCCAAAUUAACAGUUCAAUAUUUCCUAUUGAUUGCAUGGGAAACGACAGUAUAUUUGUCUUUGGUAUGGCAAAAUCAAAUUCUGUCUUUGGCGAACUUCCAUUAAUUAAAUUUAUAUUCAAUCGAUAUAUAUUAUAUAUAUCUCUAUGUAACUGUUUCAAAAUGAGAGAUAAAGUAUAAAUUAAAUGACAGUUACCGCUUAAACAAGCAUAGCAUAGACAGAAUUUGGUCUUACGAUACAAGUUUAACAGAUAAAAAAAUAUAUAGUUAACCGUAUGUUUAAAUAUUCACCCUACUAGAAUUCCACAAGUUGUACAUAUAAAUGAGACUGUAAAGUAACGUCCCCCGAUCAUGGUGAUGGGCUGUAUAAAUAAAAUUGAAACAAAUAUUGUAUCAA